AUUUUUAUGCCCAAUUGCGAUAAAGUCAAUAAUGUUGACAUUGUUGUUGACAAUUGUUGCAGUAUUUCAAGUACGCAAAUGCCUUUAAAUUCUGCUCACACAUAUAGGAAUGUUCCACAUUUUCCAAAUGGAACUCAAACCACCGAGAACACACAUAGAAAUAUGCAUGACCGAAAUGCUUCAACUAUUGAUUUAUUAUCAGUUCUAGUGGGGGAACAAAAAAUCACAGAUGCUGCAACCGAAUUAUCAUCAUCGUCGUCAAAUUCAUCAGCAGCAACGCCAGUACCAACAACAGCAAUUUCAUCGGCUCAAUCGCCAACUGCAGGAACAGCAACAUCAUCAUAUAAGUCUCAACGAUUGCUAAAGCGUCCGAAACGUUAUCUGUCAUUUCCGGAAGGUUCAACAUUAACAGUGGCAGUUUGUUUUACUGUUGGAAUCAUCGGUAAUCCACGAUAUGAUUAUAUGAGUUUUGGGCUUAAUUGGGGUACUGGAUAUGAUUUACCCAAUAAUAGUUGGAUUCUUAAUCAUUUACAUGGGUUUUCACGUCACCCAGUUCCUAUUGCAGCUUUACGUAGACGUACACGCCGUGCACUUUACCAAGAAGUAGAAAUGUUUAUUGACAACAUGGGCUAUGAUGGAAGAGAUUGUGUAUUACGUGCUCUUUGUGAAAGUCGACAAUUUUUCCAAAAACCGAAAAUGGGCAUGAUUGGAGAAAUGAUGCGAGUUAUUUUUAGCCUUCCAAAACAGCGUUUAUAUACACGAGAACUACGUGAGAAUCCUGGCAUAGAAACGUACGAUGAAGCAUAUCGAAAUGGCCAUGAGAACGAUUGCGAAACCGAGUAUAAUUGUGACUUUUCGUUGCUUGAACUGGCUUUUGGAAAAUAUUCAACACCGCCUGAAAAAUAUUAUUUUCAAUAAAU